AUGGCUAGCGCUUUCUUCAGGAAGAACCCAGCCUUAAUCCCUCUAUUCGUUGCUUCCGGAGCUGGCAUUAUUGGCAGCAUGACUUUUGCUGGUUACGUAUUGAGUACUAACCCGGACGUCAUCAUUAACAAGACUGCGCCCCAUCCUUGGAAUCGUAUUCAGCAACAUGAAAAUGCCAAGCUCAUAACGAUCAACAAAGAAUUCUUCAAUAGCCGGAAGGGAGUCGAGUCGCCCACCGAUAGAUAUUAA